GACCUAUCAGAUUGUGCAGACAAGUAGACCGUGCAUCGUGAGACAGAAGAUGGUUGUGGGAGGAGCCGGGGGCCCAACAGAGAGACCACAGCUUGCUUUAUACAUAGGUGACAAGACACACUCACCUCAGAGAGCACAGUUGCUAACACACACACACACACACACACUCGUGGAUGGGAACAUGGCAGGCCGGCAGCCUCAGAUGUUCCUGGUGGACGGCGGAGACAACAGGCAGAUGCACCCUCCGCCAUACCCGCCCAGGAUGGAGCCUGGCACCGUACCCUGCUGGACCUUCCCGCCCGCCCGGCAGAGAAAGAGAAGCUGGACGAGCAGCUGCAGCGCAGGCUCUGUCCCGGUCACUAUCCUGGUCAUGGUCUUGGCGCUGGUCUUCGCUGCACUGGGACUGGGAGCCUACGAGAUCCAGAAUCUGCAGAGCCAGCUGGCAAACCUGACAAAGAAUAUGGAUGACACGGCGUCUCAGGGUCACUUCACGGCGCCUCAAAGUCAAAUUGGUUUCCAUGGAGACAUAGUGCCCACAUCUGUAAACAGACAAGCAGCACAUGUAACAGUCAACACUGACCAACACCAUGGGGCAAAAGGCAAGACGCUGCAGUGGGUGUCGGAUCAUGGACGAGCGUUCACCGAAGGAGUCGUGUACAGUGAAGGCGGACUCCAGGUCAACAGCACCGGCAUAUACUUCAUCUACUCCCGCGUGGAGAUCCUGGGGAAUGAGUGUCCCAAGGACAGGACCUUCCUGCACACAGUGUGGAAGAAGGCCUCAAAUAUGGUCCUCAUGAGAGGGCACAAGGCCCUCAGUUGCAAGCAGACUACAAGGGAAGUGUGGACGUCCCACAGCUACUUAGGCGCUGUGCUGAUGCUCAACAAACACGACUGGGUUUACGUCAAUGCAUCUCACCCGAGCUUCAUCGAUCACUCCAGCCCUCGUGGAAAUUACUUUGGACUGUAUCAGAUCUUCUGAACUUGGGCCUGACUGUUCACUGUCUGUCCACAAAUCGAAAAAAAAAAGCACAGUUCGGUAAAUUUCUAUGUGCUAAUGUGUUUUAGCAUUAGCAUCUAGAAGGGGUAGCAUGAAAG